UCAGGCAGCUGCGGCGUGGGGAGCGCUGGGAGCGGCUGCAGUGUGCCGGGAGCUGAGGUAAAGCCGGGGCUUGUGCGGGGCCAGGCGAAGUGCGAGCUGGUGGGCCGGAUGACCGGCACAUGGUGCUAGGAAGCCUUUCGUGUGAAGGCACGAGCUCGCCGAGCAUGACCUAACGUGGUAGACUGAGUGCCGAGCCCUCCUGGACCCGUCCGUGGAGCCGGGCGUCCCUUUUGGGGAGACUGGGGGAAGUCCUAGUCAACCACCGUGUGCCACAGUUUAUAAAAAUGGAGUUCCAAGCUGUAGUGAUGGCUGUUGGUGGGGGAUCUCGGAUGACAGACUUGACUUCCAGCAUUCCUAAACCUCUGCUUCCAGUUGGGAACAAACCUUUAAUUUGGUACCCAUUGAACCUGCUUGAGCGUGUUGGAUUUGAAGAAGUCAUUGUGGUUACAACCAAGGAUGUCCAAAAGGCUCUGUGUGCAGAAUUUAAGAUGAAAAUGAAACCAGAUAUUGUUUGCAUUCCUGAUGAGGCUGACAUGGGAACUGCAGAUUCUCUACGAUACGUAUAUCCAAAACUUAAGACAGACGUGUUGGUCCUGAGCUGUGAUCUAAUAACAGAUGUUGCUUUACAUGAGGUUGUGGACCUGUUCAGAGCUUAUGAUGCAUCACUGGCCAUGUUAAUGAGGAAAGGACAAGAUAGCAUAGAACCGGUUCCAGGUCAAAAGGGGCAAAAAAAAACAGUGGAGCAGCGUGACUUCAUUGGAGUGGACAGCACAGGAAAAAGGCUGCUUUUUAUGGCUAAUGAAGCAGACUUGGAUGAAGAGCUGGUCAUUAAGGGAUCCAUCCUGCAGAAGUACCCUAGAAUAUAUUUUCAUACAGACCUUGUAGAUGCCCAUCUAUACUGCUUGAAGAAAUAUGUUGUGGAUUUCCUAAUGGAAAAUAGGUCCAUCACUUCUAUCCGGAGUGAACUGAUUCCAUACCUAGUAAGAAAACAAUUUUCAUCAGCUUCCUCACAACAGAGGCAAGAAGAAAAAGAAGAGGAUCUAAAGAAAAAAGAACCGAAAUCUUUAGAUAUUUACAGUUUUAUAAAAGAAGACAACACACUGACUUUGGCUCCCUAUGAUGCCUGCUGGAAUGCCUGUCGAGGAAAGAAGGGGGAAGACUUAUCCAGAUCACGGGUGCGCUGCUAUGUCCAUAUUAUGAAAGACGGACUCUGCUCUCGAGUAAGCACCCUGGGACUCUACAUGGAAGCAAACAGACAGGUACCCAAAUUGCUGUCUGUUCUCUGUCCAGAAGAAACAAUGAUCCAUCCAUCAGCUCAGAUUGCCAGCAAACAUCUGGUUGGAGUUGACAGCCUCAUUGGGCAAGAUACACAAGUUGGAGAGAAAUCAUCUGUUAAGCGCUCAAUCAUUGGUUCAUCCUGUUUUAUAAGAGAUAGAGUAACUGUUACCGAUUGUCUUCUCAUGAACUCAGUUACCGUGGAAGAAGGAAGCAACAUCCAGGGCAGUGUCAUUUGCAACAACGCUGUGAUUGAGAAGGGUGCAGACAUCAAGAACUGUUUGAUUGGAAGUGGUCAAAGGAUUGAAGCUAAAGCUAAACGAGUAAAUGAGGUGAUCGUGGGAAAUGACCAGCUUAUGGAGAUCUGAAUUUUGAACAAGUCUGACCCCUUUCGGCCCCCAAAACUUCAGAUGUUGGCUGGCCCACCUGCUUGACUCUGUAUUUAUUUUCAAUAAAGAAGAAUUUCCAGGU